AAACUAGUCACGACCGAUGAUUACCUUGACAUUGGACAUUAAUAAGAAAGGAUUAUCAGAAUCUCUGCCACACACUUAUCGCUUCGAAGUUCUCCCUAAUUGUUUCGAAGUCAAGCCCAUGGUUUCCUGCUAGACACGAUGUCUUCUGCAAGUGGUCUGCGACAACCCAAAGAAACGAACAAAGGGAAAAACGGGUUUCGCGAGAGAUACAUCCCUCUCCAUUCUGCUAACCCAGACGACUUGGCCAUUAGCAGACACCACUUUGCUCAGUACGUCCUUGCGUCCAAGGGGUCUUAUAAUGGCCCUUCGCUGAAAGAACUCAAAUCCACUCCGAACGCAGCCCCGGUGGAGACGCUAGCAACUGUUGAGGACAGGAUAAAGGAGCUCAAGAGACAGCAUCAAGAAGAUAUCGAGUUUCUUACUUCAUUCCAGGCUGCAGAAUACCGCCAAGAAGUCCUUAGCAGGUAUAACUGCAUCGACGAUUCAAUGAUGGGAGUAGAUACGGAGGAUUUGAUCCAGGUUGAUUAUCUCGCUGCCCUUAAUGAGCUGUACAAUGAUGCACGGCCUAUGAAACGUUUCCAGCACGAUAUGGACGACGCGCUGUCUCAGAUCCGCUACAACUACCUCAAAUCCCUCCUCCCGCUCCUCACUCAGCGUCGCACACUGAAAUCGCGAGAAACCCGCAUUCGGAGACAACGCGAUGCGCAGUUCCCGCAGAAUAUCGAAGAGUAUCACAACAUCCCGGAACGCGAUAUUCAGCUGCGAAUUGCGCGGUUCCUCCUGCGUUCGACUUCUGAGCGGGAAAAGAUGAUGGAUGAUUAUGGAUGGGUGUGGAGAGCGGUAAACCCGCUGGUCUCAGCGUUCAAGGCGAAUGAAGGAUUCAAGAACGAGAUAUUGGAGUCAGUCAAAGAUGCACAAGCUUCUGAUCCUCGGCAUCGGCCAACAACGACCCCUGGAUGGCAGCUGUAACUUGCAUAUCUUCGCACUGUCUUCGUAUCAUGAUUGAGAUGAGAUUGCUCUAUGUCUGUGUCUGAUUCAUUCAAUCAAAGCAGUCCUCUCGCUCAGAUUGGUGUAGCUCGAGACACGGGCGCUACGUGCAAAUGAAGAUAGAUGGGCAAAAGAUGGGUGACAGUUCGUUUGUCCUGAUGCGACGAAGGGUUUUCGCAUGUGUGCUCCGCAGUAGCCCAAUGGAUGUUACGAUAUAUCGAUUCUCAUUGACAAUGACCCACCUGAAGAUGCCCCGCGUUUGAAAUUUCUCAUCACAG